CUCUGUCUUCUCUGCACUGGGAGCAGCUCUCCCACCAAAGCCCCUCAGCCCCUGAAAAUGUUUGCCUGUGCCAAGUUCGUCUCCACCCCCUUCUUGGUCAGGAGCAUGUCUCAGCUGUUGAGCCCACCACUGUCUGCAGUGGUCCUAAAACCACCAGAGACACUGGCAGAUCAGAGCCUCAGCAGCUGGGCAGCCCCAUGCCCCCUGACCUCACUCAUUCCUAGAUGCAGUUUCCAAACCAGUGCCAUUUCAAGGGACAUUGACACAGCAGCCAAGUUCAUCGGGACUGGGGCUGCCAUGGUAGGGGCGGCUGGCUCUGGGGCUGGAACUGAGACUGAUCUUGGGAGCCUCAUCAUUGGUGAUGCCAGGAACCCCUCUCUGAAGCAAUGGUUCUUCUCCUACACCAUUCUGGGCUUUGCCCUCCCAGAGCCAAUGGGACUCUUUUGCCUGACGAUGGCCUUUCUCAUCCUCUUUGCCCAUGUGAUAGAGCCAUGUCCCCUUCCCACAGGUCUUCCUCCCAUGUCUCAUCUGCCCUGUAUGUUCCUUUUCCUGGACCUCCCUACGCAGCCCAGGGAAAGCAGUUGGCUCAGGGUUUCACAGAGGGAAGAUAAAUAA